AGAAUGGCUGCCAGUGGAGAGGUAGGCAAGCUGUUACAAGUACAGAAUGGGACACCUCCGAGCACCAACUACAAUGGAGUAGAUGCUCUUCAUGCCUGCAACAUCCUUCAGCAGCUCAAAGCCUUGUAUGAUGAAGCACAGCUCACAGACAUUGUUGUAGAAGUGGACCAUGGAAAGACUUUUUCCUGUCAUCGAAAUGUCCUUGCUGCUAUCAGCCCAUACUUUAGGUCCAUGUUCACCAGUGGCCUUACAGAAAGCAGCCAGCGCGAGGUCAGGAUUGUAGGAGUGGAAUCUGAAUCCAUGCACCUGGUCCUGGACUAUGCUUACACAUCCAGGGUAACGCUUUCGGAGUCUAAUGUCCAGGCCCUGUUUACCGCAGCCAGCAUCUUCCAGAUCCCUGCCCUGCAAGACCAAUGUGCCCAGUUCAUGAUUAGCCGCCUGGACCCCCAGAACUGCAUUGGAGUCUACAUGUUUGCUGAUGCCUAUGGCCAUCAGGAGUUGAGGGAGCGCUCACAAGACUACAUCCGCAAGAAGUUCUUGUGUGUGUCACGGGAGCAGGAGUUCCUCCAAAUGACCAAGGAACAGCUGGUCAGCAUUCUGAACAAUGAUGAUCUGAACGUGGAAAAAGAAGAGCAUGUCUAUGAGAGCAUUGUCCGGUGGCUGGAGCAUGACCAGCCUGGUCGCGAGGCCCACCUAGUUGAAGUUUUUUCUCAGUGCAUCCGUCUGCCCUUGUUGGAUGAGGCCUUCCUCAGUCGCAUACCUCCAUCCUUUGCAUGUGCCCUCUCCCUGUCCAAGGACCCCGCUGAGGCCAAAUCUCGCCUAAAUGGCACCAAUGGUUGCCCCCAGCGCUUGGGCAUGACAGCCUCUGAGAUGGUCAUCUGUUUUGACGCCGCUCACAAACACUCAGGGAAGAAGCAGACUGUGCCUUGCCUCGAUACAGCCACUGGUAGGGUUUUUAAGCUCUGCAAGCCACCAAAUGAUCUCAGAGAGGUGGGCAUCCUGGUAUCCUCAGAGAAUGACAUCUAUAUCGCUGGGGGCUACCGACCCAGCAACAGUGAGGUGUCUAUUGACCAUCGGGCAGAGAGCGACUUCUGGCAAUAUGAGCAUGCAGGAAAUCGAUGGCUUCCAAGAGCACCGCUACUGCGGGCUAGGAUUGGUUGUAGGUUGGUGCACUGUUGUGGAAAGCUUUAUGCACUUGGGGGCCGGGUAUAUGAGGGGGAUGGGAGAAACGCAUUAAAGUCAGUUGAGUGCUAUGAUGCCAGGGACAACUGCUGGACAGCAGUCAAUCCCAUGCCAGUAGCCAUGGAGUUUCACAGUGCUGUGGAAUACAGAGACCGCAUCUAUGUUCUCCAAGGAGAAUAUUUUUUCUGCUUCGACCCCCGGAAGGACUAUUGGGGUCAUCUGACCCCAAUGACGGUCCCUCGGAGCCAGGGUCUGGCUGCCUUAUACAAGAACUGCAUCUACUACAUCGCUGGCAUCUGCAGGAACCACCAGCGCACCUUCAAUGUGGAGGUUUAUGACAUUGAGCAGAACACCUGGAGUCGCAGGAGAGACCUUCCCUUUGACCAAGCCACAAGCCCCUAUAUUAAGGCCAUGCUACUGCAGGGCAAGCUACAUCUCUUUGUACGAGCCACACAGGUCAUGGUGGAAGAGCAUGUGUUCCGCACCAGCCGCAAGAACUCCCUCUACCAGUAUGAUGAUGAGGCAGAUAUAUGGACCAAAAUCUAUGAGACACCUGAUCGCCUCUGGGAUCUAGGCCGCCACUUUGAAUGUGUGGUGGCCAAACUUUACCCUCAAUGUCUACAGAAAGUGCUUUGAGGUAGCUAGUUUGCAACAUUUUGUGAACCUAGUUUUGGAGGCAAAUGGAGUUGUGUGGUCCUGCCUGCCUUGUGCCUGGUGCUACCUUGGAUUUGCACCACAAGGACCAUUAUCAGUUAAGUCUUAAGUUGUCUAAACUUUGGUUUAACAUGAUUAAAAUGGGGGUGCUUUCAGAAAUUGCAGUAUUUUUUUUCCAGACAGCACCAACUAUCCACACUGAUGUUUGUUCUAUAGAACCAUACAAUGAAUCA